AUGGAGUCAGCACCUCAAUCCACCACCCUGCCGCCAACAAUGCGCGCCUGGGUCCGGCGUCGGCGGGGCCCCCCGGCAACAUCCCUCGAACUGGCCGAUGUUCCCGUCCCCCCAACUCCGCCAGGAUCGUCGGCCGACGUCCUGAUUCGCGUCUCGCACGUGUCGCUACAGUUCAACUCGCCGUUUUUUAUCAGCACGUUGCCCAGCCUCCCCUUUACCGGUCCAUGGAUCCCCGAGCUCGAAUUCUCAGGCGAGGUUGUCGCUGCCGGCACCGGCGCCCCGCCCGAAGUGCGCGAUCCUGGCACGCAGGUUGUCGCCUUCUCCAAUGUCCCCGGCACAGUGCUGAAAGGCCAGGGCGUGCUGUGUGAGUACGUGCGGGUGCCGGGGGGAAAUGUCACGCGGAUUCCAGAGACGAUGGAUAUGGCGGCGGCGUCCGGGAUUAACGGCUGUGGCAGCACGGCAGUGAAAAUGAUCCGCACGUCCGGCGUGUCUCCGGGUCAUACUGUGCUUGUGAACGGUGCUAGUGGGUCGGUUGGAUCGGUGCUGGUACAGAUGCUCAAGAUGCGUGGGGCACGGGUGGUCGCGAUCGCGAGUGGCGGCAACGAGGAGCUGGUACGCGGUUUGGGCGCUGAUGAGUUUGUCGACUACAAGAGUCAUGACUCGCUUCCAGCCUUUUUGGCCACCGAGUAUGGCGAGCAGCCGUUCGACUUCGUGUUUGACUGCGUCGGGACGCAGGCUCUCUUUGCCAACUCCCCGGCCUAUCUCAAGCCCGAGGGGGCUGUGAUCAAUAUUGGAGCCAUCGAGGGCAUUUGGUCGACGACGCUUGGCAUUCUCUCGAACUGGUUCUUGCCUACCUGGCUGGGUGGCGUACCACGUCGCUACAUCGUUUUCAGCACGCCGCCGACACGUAUGGCCACGAUCCAUGUGGUAGACCUCAUUGAGAAGAGGGGACUACGUGUCUCUGUAGAUUCUGUCUUCGACAUGGAGAAUGCCCUCGAUGCCUAUGUGCGCAUUGCCACCAAACGCGCCCGUGGCAAAGUUGUAGUCAAGGUGUGCAGAGACGACGGGGCGAAUAUAUGA